AUGAGUUUCAAGGAGAUCACUGGGCAACUCGAGAGUCGCACGGUCAAGACGCGCAAGGAGGCUGUCGAUAAACUACUGGAGUAUUUCAACAGCGUCGAUCGCGGGAUACAAGGUCACACAAACUCCUUUGACGACAAGGCCUACCAUUCCCUCUAUGAAGCUCUAUUUCGAUGCGUUCUCAUAGAAAAGGAGUGCUGCUUUGGCUCCUCAAAAUCAGCCAAGACCGUUGCCGCUGCUAGCACGAGACUCGAGAGAUGCGCCAAAGCCUUGCGUACCGCCAUCCGACAUGGAGCCACCAAGAUCAAGCGCAAGACGGUGAAGGCCAUCAUCGACCACAUUACGCAGGUUCUUCCACGGCCAGGGGAGAGCUAUUUCGCUCCUCUCCUCCAGCACUACGUCAAGGCUCUGGGCACUUUCCUCGAGUUCUCGGCGAACGUUGAGCAUCUUGCGGCAUACGACGGCGGGAGCUGGGACACGUGUGUUAAUUUCUGCCUCGAAGGGCUCUCCCGCUACCUCGAGACGGGCGACCGAGAUAGCGCAUCCCUCUCUCGCGCCUCCCCAGCUCCAGGUGCAAGUGCCAGGUCUACCUCCGUUACACUAUCACAGAGUUCCGGCCAGAUUGGGAGCCAGACUGCUCUCGAAUUUUUAGCAUGCCUCAACUCGCUGGUGGCCGCCCCGAAUGCACCGGUUCCAAGAAGAGCGGACAAGAUCUCGAAUGUGGUUCUGCAGCUUCUCCAGCUUCGACAGAUGAGGAUUGGCGAGCUCCAGAAAUUAGCCUUUUCGACCUUCAACAUCGUCUUCCAACGUAUCCAAACCGACGCCGUUGCCCUAUCCAAGAGGUUGGUCAGGACCCUGAUUCCCCUUGUGUCUUUCUGGUGGCAGCCGCGUGCUCUCUCGAGAGAUGCCAUGCUGAACUCGGUCCGCGAUGAGAUGCUCAAGACGAUCUACGGGACACAUCUAUACGUGGAGAGUUUGCUGCGGGAGUCGACCGACGAGUCUGCUUUCCAAGACGUCGAGGAUUUGCUGGAAUCGUUGUGGUCGGACUACUCAAGACGAGAGGAUCGCGCCCGGCUUCAGCUGGACGAUGUGACUUUCUCGGGGAUACGUCUUCCCGCGGAUCACCCAUCGACCGCCGUCUUCAGCCUGCGUCCUUAUAACCAACCAGGGGAGCAAAAUUGGGCUCUCUUGGAGAACAUCGCUAUUCUGGAAGCUGCAUACUCGCGGUACUCUGAGCGUGAGCACAGUCAACAACAUCCCGAUAGUGACCAGCCGCGGAAGAGGCGCCGGAUGGCCGGCAGCUCGAACAGGUUACACCAAAAGUUGAAGUCGAUAGAUCCAGCGGUCCAUCUGUCCGCUAUACAACUCAUACCGUUUCUGGCAAGACAAAAGCAGCCUUCACUGGAGGAUAUUAUCGAGGCCAUGGGGGACAUAUCCAAAUCCGUCACCGCCAAGCAGGGCACAGUGGCGUCUUGGGCCAUGAUUGCCUGUUCUAGCUUUGCUGCCCACGAGGCGUCACAGCAUGCCUCCCUAACUCCGCUCUGGAAGCAACUUUGGCAACUCGGGGUCCGAGCCCUAUCUCUUCCACCCACCAGUCGUGCUGCCUGUGUGCUGUUGCACUCGAUAUUGAAAGCGAACCUCGUUCCCAGGCACGAACUCGCGGAUGAUGUCAAUCAGAUCGUGACGACCGCCGACAUCAGCGGUCCAUCAGUGCUGGUGGAAUCGUCUCUCAUCCUCAUGCUGAGCCUCUUGCGCCUGCGCAAUCACAUGUUCCCAAAUGCCAGUCAGGCCACCUCAGGCCACAUCAUUCGAUGGGUAUUUGUCAGAUGGAGCCCGGCUGAGCUGACAUACGCCUCCUUCCACGCCGCUCAUGCGAGUCCACAUGAUAUCGUCAACCUCUUAAGGGCUUGCUACGGGGCUCCGGCUCUCAUCAUGUCAGCUCCCCUCCGGUUGUUUGGAGGCCCGAUCGCCCAGUUUUGGAAGAGCCAGGCAGAGACCCAUUCCUUUCUCCGGUAUCUGCUGCUGUUGGAACCAGACGACGCGGAGGCGUCCGCAGAACCACUACCGACCGAGGACCAGCUGACUGAGCCUCAGCAGGUUGCUGAUCCGUCCGGAUCACAUGCAACAAAGCGCCUGGUGCUUGAGUUGCUCUACCCAAAAGUUGAAGAGCUCCACCGGUUGGCCGAGUCAUGGCAGAAGCGCGGAGGCGAAGGCGCAGUACCUGUCUCUUCCGAGCGGCUCCAGAGCAUGGUCCUGGCCUGUAUCGCGGGAGCUCUCCUGCUCCCGGAACUGGCCAGCCUGAACUCAUCCAUGGGCAGAGACCUUGAAACAACGCUUUUUAAUGUCAUUGACGCCACAUUCAGAGUAAUCCUGGGUGCUCCUUCGAACGACAACUUCUUUGACCUCGUUCUGACAUCUUCGGCCCCAUACGUCCCUCCCCUCGCGGAAGCGGAACUCGUGGCCCUCAAGACCGACAGGCCACAUUUGCUGAAUUUCUUCGGCAAACUGUCUGAUGCCCUGCACGAGAGGUCCCAGCGGGAAUCUUCGCUCCGUAAUGCCAAUAUCGUCGACAUCGACGAAGAGUUCGAAUCGCAAACAAGCCAAAACAGCAAAUUAUUGAAAACCAAGACCCUGCCCCGGAGAGACCUCCUGUUGUGUCAUACGCCGGAGGCUUUCUAUCUCGAAACAACUUUGCAAAUCCAUCUACUUGAGGUGGUACAUUCCAAUGACGGAGAGAUUGGGCGCGUUCCGGAAUCGAUUGUCGACCAUCUACUUGAGCUUCCUAAGGAGCAGUUCUUGUCUUGCCGCCAAUUCAUGACGGAGCUUUUCACGUCGGACGCCAUGACUCCGCUUGAUUCUGCUGUCAGAAUUCUUGAAGCCGCUGGGCGUAUCAUCAGCAAAGGGGAGUUUUCGUGCUGUGAGGUGGCAUUGUGCAACUGCAUCGACCUCAUGGAUAGCUUCAUCAGUAUCUGGACUGAUGAGGAGCUGGAGAUCUCGGGCAUGGCAGGGGAUCUCUACUACUUUUUGGUGAAGAACUGCCUCCCCAUGAACGCACUAUCAGCCGCUGCACAGAUCCGCCUCUCCAGCUUGCUCCUGCACCUGUUGGAGGUCAAGUCGACUUACGCUUCCAGCCUGAAACUCCCAUCUUCUCGGUCUACUCUCAUGAACAUCCUGCAAGACGGAGUCAUGGAUGUGAAGUGCUUCAUUGGGCGCAAUGUCCGCAAGGUCUUCGGAUUGUACGUCCUCAAGACGCACGACGACAUCUUCGUCGAUGUCUUGGAGAACCUUCCCUCUGACCCUCGAAACAUCGAAGGGAUUGCAUUUCGACUCUUUGUGCUAGCAGAACUUGCCUGUCGAUGGCCAACACUCCUGCGCCGAUGUAUCUAUCACAUAUUCGAGACACCCGGGAAGAUAACCCAAUCUGCGAAGUAUGCAGCCAGCUGCCUCAGAAGGGUUUCGCGGACAUUACGGCUCGACGGACCGCAAGAGCUGUUCAGACUCUUUGCUCCUCAGCUACUGUAUACAUGGCUGGACUCAGAUCCGAUUCAACAGAUCCCAUUCGAGAUCUUCGGCUACCCAAGCCUCCACGAUUUACUCCAGGAAGCGCAGACAGAGGCCGCUGCCAUCAUGAUCAUGCGUGGGCAGGAGGAAGAAGCCCUUGAUUUGGCUCAGGCGCUCGGUCUGACCCCCGAACAGCUGGUCGAGCAAAGCUUCACCAAAAUCAUCGCCUAUAGCAUUGCCCAUGACAUCAGCAUCCCUGGGGGUGCCGACUACGUAACUGGAGAGAGCAGGCUCAGGAAGAUCCUGGGGAAAGAAGGGUUUCUUGCAAACAUUCACCUCAACUUCGCCGACAUCAUUGCCGCCUUUUUCGACAUCUUCGAUCAGGAGGAUCCCAUCGAGAAGGCUUUUCGGCGAGACGAGCGAUUCACCUACGCCGCAAACACUAUGGAGGAGAUCAAGAAACUCGGCCAUUUGCCCGCUGCACUCCCGCCGAAUCAACAACCGAUGUUUAAAGCAAAGUAUUUGCCUAAGGAAAUCACUCAUCUGUGCAGCCGAACCCCAUACGAGCCCGAGACGUUGUGGACGCCAGCCCUCGUUGUCUUCGUUGCCCGUAAACUGCUCAACACGAUACACCCGGCGCUCGGCCCGCUCCAUGCUUGCUCGGUUCUCCGCAAAAUCCGCGUUCUGAUAUGUAUGGCCGGCGACCAUGCGACAUCUGCGUACCCCCUUGAGAUGCUUCUACAGUCACUACGUGCUUUUGUCGUGGACCCUGAAUGCGCCGAUGAUGCACUAGGCAUUACCCAAUAUCUCGUUCUCAAAGGAGACAAUCAUCUCAGGCAGACGCCAUCAUUCCUCGCUGGGUUUGCGCUCUCCAGCCUGGCGGAUCUUCGCGUCUUCCUUGAAUCGAGCCAGUCCAGCACAACACAGGAGAGUCAGUUCAAGGCGACCAUGACGAAAGCGCAGCUUUUCCACUCGUGGUUCACCAAGUACCUAGCUGGCUAUGACUCGCCUGCUUUCCAAGACGAAGCGCAGAAGCUUGCCUUCAAGUCCAUCACGCAGUCGGCUGCCCAUAUCCGUGCCUCGGGCAACGCGGAGAAAGGCACGCACGAAAGCAAUCUGCUGCUGGGGAUCUUGGAAGACUGGGACCGCGAGAAUCAGCUACUGAACGAGCCAGCGCGCGACGUCGCUCUCUCCAUGCUCUGCGGCGUCUUCAAGGUCCCUCCAUCCAGCCGGCUCGAUGUCAUUGAAAGCGAUGCAGACGCCUUAAGUCACAGUGCUGUUGUUUGGAAGAGCUGUGCCUCCGAGCAGCUGAGCGGGGAGUACCUGGCCUGGGCCGGACGAGUUCUGGGCCGCUCAUUUGCAGCCUCCGGUGAGGUCCCUGAUGAGUUGUUGCGCGAGUCUCAACUCAAGGAGUACCGCAGGCUGUCAUCAGACAUCGGCGGGUCCGAAGAAGGACUGCUCAAUCUCAUCGAGACGUUGACUGUCAGCGGCGAUUGCUUCACAGCCGGCUUGGCUGAGGCUGCGCUGCGUACUAUUGUUUCGGAUGCCGUCAGCGAUGACGAUCAUGAUCUCCUCGGUGCUUGUCAACAGAGCCUCGCUGAGCCGCUGCUGAUUUCGUCGAACUGGGACCCGUACCGCACACCGCGAUCUGAUCAGUUCCAGGUGGACACGCCUGCUGAGGCCGAAGUAUUUUCUGCCCAGCAGCUCGAGAGCCCCAACUGGUCCCGGCAACUUGCAACCCUCCUGGCGCAAUCGGUGCCUGAGAUUGUCACCCUGAGAGUGUUGCCUCCAAUUCUCUGCAAGGUGAAGGGUUUCGCUGAGCGUGCAUUCCCCUUCGUUGUCCAUUUGGUCUUGGCGUACCAGUUAGACAAGCAACAGGGCGUCAAACGGCGAUUGUCAGAGGCUCUCAAGGAAUGGCUGGACUCCACGUCUCACUUGGCCAAAGAGAAUCUCAAACUCCUGAUCAACACCAUCCUCUACCUGAGAACACAACCACUGUCAGGCGAGAUUUCGAUUGCAGACCGGGGUCAUUGGUUGGAUAUCAACCUGUCCAGCGCCGCCGCAGCUGCGACACGGUGUGGCAUGUUCAAAGUCGCCGUACUGUUCGUCGAACUUGCCAAUUCCGAAUCUUCGCGGGGUUCACGGCGCUCCUCGGCUAUCAGAGAAAUUGAGGACUCGAGCGAGAUCCUACUAGAGAUCUUUGAGAAUAUCGACGACCCCGAUGCGUAUUACGGUCUCAGCGAAGAGGCCUCACUGUCCACUGUGGUGGCUCGACUGGAGUAUGAGAACGACGGGAGCAAAAGUCUUGCUUUCCGCGGCGCACAGUACGACAGCCACUUGCGGAGCAGGGAUUCCGCUUCAAGACAGGAUGGAAAGGCACUCAUCAAGGCCCUUAGCAGUCUCGGCCUCGCUGGCUUGUCCAAUUCUUUGCUUCAAACGCAGCAGAGCUUGGACGGGUCUUCCGACUCGCUGGAUGGGACAUUCACGACCGCCAGGAGACUGGAGAUGUGGAAUCUACCGGCGCCGUCAACCAGCGACAAUUGGGCCGUUACGGUGUACAAGGCAUACCAAACCAUGCAUCAGGCUCCUGACCUCGACGCUGUUCGGAGUGCGGUCCACGACGGAAUGAGAAGCACCGUGCGGCACUUGAUAAGCGGCAGCCUCAACACCUCCACCCUACGCCAUCAACUUGGAGCGCUCGCUGUGCUCGCAGAGCUCGACGAUGUGUUGAACGUUACCGAUCAAUCAGAGCUGCAGCAUGCAUUGGAAGGCUUCGACAAGCGAUCCAAGUGGAUGAUGAGCGGGCGAUAUCCCGACGUGAGCCAAAUUCUCUCGUGCAGACAAACCACGCUGAGCAUGUGGAGUCAACACCACAGGCUGCGAGCGAGGAGAUUGACUCCGGCAGACGCUCGCCUCGUCCAGAUCCGCGGCUUGUUGCUCUCAUCCGACAUCUUCCGAUUUCACCGCGCGAACCAGGAGACAUUGAAUCUGUCAACAUCGCUCACCGACCUCAUCGGCUCGAGCGAGUCACUGGGUCUCAGCGUCGAUGCUGCCAUCAGAAUGGAGACUGCCAACUCCUUGUGGGAUCAGGGGGAGAUGAUCACUUCCAUUCGCAUGCUACAGAACAUCAACAAAGACUCGUCGCUGAAGAAACAGACCGUUCCCGUUAGUCGUUCAGACCUUUUGUCAAAGAUCGGCUACCAAGUCUCAGUCGCGAGGUUAGAGAGUCCGGACAGCAUCCAGAAGCAGUAUCUCGAGCCGGCACUCAAGGAGCUCAAAGGCAAAAUUGAAGGCAAAGAAGCCGGCCAGGUCUUCCACCAGUUCGCCAUGUUCUGUGACGAGCAACUCCAGAACCCUGACAGCUUGGAGGAUCUUGCACGCCUGAAGAACCUCAAAAAAGGCAAAGACGAGGAAGUUGCACAGCUGAAGGCCCUGAUCGCCAGCUCCAAGGAUUCACAGCACAGAAACCGGUACCAGAGCCAUCUUGCCAAAGCAAGGCAGUGGCAGGAUCUCGACCAACAGGAGCUUCGCCGUGUUGAGCAGACCCGCUCUGAAUUUCUGAGGUUGAGUUUGGAGAACUACCUCCUCUCUCUGGCAGCAUCCGACGAGCACAACAAUGACGCCUUGCGCUUCAUGGCGCUCUGGCUGGAGAAGUCAGAAGAGGAUGUCGCGAACGAGGCUGUCAAGAAGUACAUUGGGAAAGUUCCGACCCGCAAGUUUGCGCCCUUGAUGAACCAGCUUUCAUCUCGUCUGCAGGACCAGUCGGUUCUCUUCCAGAAACUCUUGAUUGAUUUGGUCUACCGCAUCUGUGUCGACCAUCCCUACCACGGCAUGUACCAUAUCUGGUCCGGAGCGAGAACACGAGUCAAUAAGGAUGACGAAGUUGCCGUAUCCCGCCAGAAGGCCACCGACAGGGUGGCGAAGGCCCUCACUAAGUCGGAGCAGGUUUCCAGGAUCUGGCCAGCCAUUGACCAGACGAGCAGAGCCUACCAUGCGCUUGCAAUGGACCGAGAUCCUAACAGGUACAAGGCUGGGCAAAAAAUCGCCAUCAAGAACACGUCGGUUGGGCAAAGUUUCUUAAGCAUCCUCGCCAAGUACCCGAUCCCGCCGCCGACGAUGCAGAUUGCGUUGUCGGCCAGCCAGGACUACUCGGAUGUGCCCAUGAUCCAUAAGUUUGAGCCGGAAAUGUCCAUCGCUUCAGGUGUCAGUGCGCCCAAAAUCAUCACCGCUGUCGGCACCAACGGCCAGCGGUUCAAGCAGCUCGUCAAGGGUGGCAACGAUGACUUGCGCCAGGAUGCCAUCAUGGAGCAGGUCUUUGCCGCCGUGUCUGAACUUCUCAAGCUUCAUCGGACAACAAGGCAGCGGAACCUCGGCGUCAGAACAUACAAGGUCCUGCCGCUAACCUCCUCCUCCGGCCUCAUCGAGUUCGUCUCCAACACAAUCCCGCUCCACGAAUAUCUCAUGCCCGCACACGAGAAGUACUACCCCAAAGACCUCAAGGGCUCCCAAUGUCGCAAGGAGAUCUCCAACGCCCAAACCAAAACCACCGAGACCCGCAUCACCGUCUACCGCAAGGUUACCGAACGCUUCCACCCUGUGAUGCGCUACUUCUUCAUGGAGUACUUCCCGGACCCGGACGAAUGGUUCCACAGGCGCACCGCCUACACGCGCACGACUGCCGCCAUCUCAAUGCUGGGCCACGUCCUCGGCCUGGGCGACCGCCACGGGCACAACAUCCUGCUCGACACCAAGACGGGCGAGGUGGUGCACAUCGACCUGGGCGUCGCCUUUGAGAUGGGCCGCGUCCUGCCGGUGCCGGAGCUCGUCCCCUUCCGCCUGACGCGUGAUAUCGUCGACGGCAUGGGCAUCACCAAGACCGAGGGCGUCUUCCGCCGGUGCUGCGAGUUCACGCUCGACGCGCUGCGCGAGGAGGCGGGCUCCAUCCAGACUAUCCUGGAUAGCUUGAGGCAUGACACGCUGUACCAAUGGUCCAUCUCGCCCGUGCGCAUGGCCAAGCUGCAGAAUGCGCGCGGCUCAGCGGGGGAGGGUGGGGAGGAUGGCGAGGGCGAGGAAGGGGCCGGUGGUGCUGGUGCUGGUGGCGGCGGCGGAGGAGGAGGGGACAGGAAGUCCAAGUCAGUGAAUGAGCCGAGCGAGGCGGAUCGCGCCAUUGAGGUCGUCAAGAAGAAGCUGAGCAAGACCCUGAGUGUCAUGGCGACGGUGAAUGAUUUGAUCAACCAGGCGACGAGUGUGUCGAACCUGGCGGUUUUGUACUCUGGUUGGGCGGCAUAUGCUUAA